GCUCGGGACUGCUAACGCGUUAGCUCGUGUGGGUAACGGUGGCGUAGUGGUCUUAUGGUGAUGUUAUUGGGGACAGAAGCCGUUACGACGAGUUAAACCCAAACAGAGAGAAGACAGGUUUGACAGGUGCGUCUCGCGGACGGAACAUGAGUCGCUUUCUGAACGUGCUGCGCAGCUGGUUGCUGAUGGUGUCCAUCAUCGCGGUGGGAAACACCGUGCAGAGCUUCAGAGAUCACGGCUUCCUGUCCGAGAAGCUCUACACGGGCGCGCCGCAGUUCGUGAACGGUCUCCAAGCACGGACGUUUGGUAUUUGGACGUUGCUGUCGUCGAUCAUCCGCUGCUCCUGUGCCAUCGAUAUCCAUAACAGAACGCUGUAUCACAUCACCUUAUGGACAUUUGUGUUGGCGUUGGGCCACUUCCUGUCUGAGGCCUUCGUUUACAAAACGGCUCCUCUGACGAUCGGGGUCAUGGCACCUCUCAUUGUGGCAGGUUUCUCCAUCAUAGGAAUGCUGAUUGGAUAUCAUUGUAUCCCAGAGUCCCAGCAGGAGGUCGGGGCCCGACAGAAGAAGCGUAACUGAACCCGGACGAUGACAUCUUCUCGUGCUCUACAUUUCACUUUCUACGUACACAACUUGGGCUUGACUGUAUUUGAUGUUUUUUUUACACUUCAGAGAGCAAUCUAAACAUUUGAUAGAAAGUCAGGUCAUGCUGGAACCGUCAAUAUGUGCCGUUUUAUGAUGAAUUUGUUCCGUAGGUGAUCAGUACAGAUGUUUCCUUUAUCUGAACAGAGUUUAGAUUUCUCGUAGGAUGUUUUAUUUCUCCUGCACAUGUUGUCUUAUACCUGAUCUGCCAAAGAACGCGGGUGACUACACUGUACACGACUAUGCUCUCAAUUACAAAAUCAACCUUUUUUUAUUAUUAACAUGUUGUUCUUGUCGCUGGUUCUGUGCUGUGAAAUAUUUGCAUGCCCUUUAAUUUCAUGCACAAUUAUUGUCCGAUAAAAUCUUUUAAAACUAA